UCGGAGAAAGGCAUCGGAGCAGCUUCCUUUUUUCCAAAAUCCAUAUUUUCUUUUUUGUUUUUGUAUAAAAAUGGCAAACCCAUCUCCCCUUUACCUUUAUCCGUUCCUCCAAUGCACUAACAUCCCCCAACAUUUCUUCUUCCUAAUGCCCUCCCAAUUUCAUUUCUCUACUUCUUCCCAAUUCUCCCUCCCUCCCGCCCUUCCCGUUCUUCAUUUUUCUUACUCAGAUCUAGGAAAUGUUUUAUGAAGUGGAACUAGUGAGAGAUGUGGAAAUCACAGUGGAAAAGGAAAAGAGAGAUGCUCACAAUUUCCAGAGGUACAUUAUAACAUGUUUAUUAGAAAACUUAUUGAAGGAGAAGGCCAACAAAGACCAUGGCUAUUUUCUUUCUGUUACUAGCUUGAGGAGCAUAGGCAAGGGAAUUGUUAAGAAUGAGUCUCAAUGUGUUUCAUUCCCCAUUACCUUUAUUUGCCGAACCUUUUUGCCUUUUGAGGGGGAGAUCUUACAUGGAGUUGUUCGUCACAUAUUUCAGCGUGGAUUACUCUUAAAAUGUGGACCGAUCAAGUACGUGUUUCUUUCAGCUCGUAAAAUGCCAACCUACCAGUACGUUGGUGGUGAAAAUCCGGUAUUCUCAAGCAAAGAAUUUGCUACGAUUGGUAACGAUGUCGUUGUACGGUUCAGUGUGCUUGGUGUGAGAUGGAUAGAGAAAAGAGGAUGUAUCAAAAAAGAGUUUGUGAUGCUUGCUAGCUUAGAAGGUAACAACUCACUUGGACCUAUUUCAUUGUCGGACUCCGAUGAGUUUGACCUGUAAAUUUAGAACACAAACCACAAACUUGGGAAUGUUUCACUGUAAUAUAUUCUCUUACAGGCCUUGCUUUUUUCUUCCUUCCCUUCUAUAUCUGUUCGAUGUUCUUUUGUCCAUGAUAAUUCAAGAUUCUCAUGGAAUGUUAAUUUAAAUGUCUUGCAUUAAGGACAUUUGAGGUCUGAUGGUUUAAAUCUUUAGUUGGAGAAUAGAUACUUGCAAAACAGUAUUGGACUUUUGAGUUUGUAUUGAAGAUCUUAAUAGAGUCGAUGUUUGCAAUAUUCUACUUCUAACGUCAAUGGUCUUGAAGAAUAAAAAUGAGAGAGGGGGAGAGAAGUUCUGAAGGCUGAAGAUGAUGGCAUAUUUCAACCCAACCCACUGACACGGAUGUCUAUGUCUUACAAAUUACAAUCCAAUGCAUUUCUUGUUUUUCAUUGAUUCAAAUAGUGAUGGGUUGUUGUGAAUUGUUAUCCAUCCACCCUAUAAGUUAAAUCUAUGUUCAAGUUGGCUAAAUAUAUCACGUUGGCAGUAGAAAAGUGUCAUUAUUGGUUAAAAGAAACUGAAUGAGUUCUAGAGUUAUCUUGACUUCAAAUAAAGAAGAAUUUUUGGAUGUUA